AUGUCAGGACACGAAGCAAUUAACCCAAUCCAUCCUUCUAUGGUUGAUAAGUUGGACCCAGCAUUCGUAAAACUUUAUGAUGAACAUGUUGCAAACACCCCUAAUCGUCCAAUUGAUCUUGAAGUUUUAAGAAAAAAUUACUCCAAGAUUUACUCAUAUGGUACAGCACCUGCUCCAGAAAUCAAAGAUGUUAAAGACAUUAAAUUUCCUUCCUUUGAUGGGUAUGAAGUGACUCUUCGAGUCUAUAGACCAAACGGAUCCAAUCCUGAUGAUUUAUUACCAGUACAUAUUGAUUUCCAUGGAGGUGGAUGGGGAUUAGGUGACUUGGAUACAGAGAGUCAUAUUUUAAAGCACUAUGUUGAAUUAGCACAAAUAGCCGUGGUGGAUGUUGAUUAUAGAUUAGUUCCUGAUUUUGCAUUUCCUACUGGAUUAAAAGAUUGCUAUGAAGCCACGAAGUAUAUUUACGAUCAUGCAUCAAAAUUGGGAUUUCUUAAAGAUAGCAUUUCGAUUGGAGGUGUUUCUGCUGGUGGAAACAUUUGUUUAGCAGUUUCACAUUUGAUCAGAGAUUUAGGUAUCCCAUUAGUGUUGUGUGCAGCAGGAACUCCACAAGUCGAUGAUAUAGAACCAUAUAAGACGGCACAGGAUGCUCCAUAUCCUUCCGUUUCAGAAUGUGAAUUUGCACCUACAUUGAAUUGGGCUCGUUUGAAAUGGUUUGAUAAACUUAAAUGGGAUUCCCUCUCGAAAGAUCCUAUUGAAAAGGAGGCUCAAUUGAAAGAAAUUGGAUGGUUUAAGAGUAUAAUAACUGCUCCAAAUUGGGAAAACUUACCUAAGACUGUCAUUUAUACUGCUGGAUGUGAUCCAAUGAGAGAUGAAGGUGAGGCAUAUGCAACAAAGCUAUUACAAAAUGGUAAUGAAGUUGUUUUUAAAAGAUUUCCAGGUGUACCACAUCCAUUUAUGCAUAUGGACGCAGAUUUAUGGCAAGCAUCUCAAUUUAUAAAGAUGACAGCCUUUGAGCUCGCAUUAGCACACAAGACAGUUAAAUCAUUUACAUAA